GCGGGGUGCAGUACAGUCCGCGGUUCCCCAUACAAAUGUAGAUGGUCUCACUGCUAUCUGUCUAUUCCCGCUGUCAAGGCCUUUGUCUCUCCGGUCGCGCUCUCUACCGCCGCCCCAGACAUGCCUACGCCGUCCCUACCUGCGCCCAAAGUCAUUCAUGUCGACACGAGAGGAGCGGUAAUACUGGAAGAGGAGUCGCCUGAGACUAGGGACAGUCGAGGGAUAUACCUCCCAAAUCAUAUCGAGCCCGUAUCGCAUAUUGCAGUCGAUAUCGGCGGUUCUCUAGCCAAGGUCGUGUAUUUCACGCGUUCGCCCGAACCUCCAUCCUCCCCCUCAGUCGCUGCGACAAGGGGCACAAGUACUGCGAGUCCUCUGUCGACACCCCCAUCAAGCUCGCCUACCAGCUCGUCACAUUCCUCACCCCGAUUCCCCGCCAGCAACUCCCAUACGAAACAUAACGGUGCUCUUACCCCUCUCGUCCUAGACGCACACAACCACGUCAACGGCAGCACUUACCCCUUUCCAAAUCCUCAAAGCGUACACAAUGCGCUGGAGAUCGACGGUAUGGAUGCGAGCUUCUUGCACUCGUCGAUCCUACAGCACACGACAUCACUACGACAUUUCCCCGGCGGUUCGCUAACCUUCGAGCGCUUCGAAACAGACAACAUAGACGAAUGCGUCUCAUUCAUUCAAUCCCUUAUCUCCUAUUCCGCUGAGCUCAACGGCGUGUCGCUGGACGAGAUGCGGCGGGGUGUGAAAAUCGUCGCAACGGGUGGCGGCGCACACAAGUUCUACGACCUGUUCCAGGGCACGCUGGGCGUCGAGGUGGUACGGGAGGACGAAAUGGAAUGCCUGAUAGAAGGACUGAAGUUCAUCACACUCAUUCCAGACGAAGUCUACUAUUUCUCGGACGAACUCGUCCAUGCAGUCUCACAUGCAACACCGGGGUGCUCAGUUAACGGGAAUGUCAAUGGCUCUUCGGGAUCUGUCACGCUAGAGAGGCCGGGGCCUAAUCCGCCGCAGUUUGCGGUUACGUUUGAGCAGAAUCCGACGCCUCAAUUACCGUGUUUGCUAGUGAACAUCGGAUCGGGUGUCUCUAUCAUCAAGGUGGACGAAGAUGGCAGUUUCGAACGUGUCAGCGGGACAAGCUUAGGAGGCGGAACUUUAUGGGGCCUCCUAAGCAUGUUGACUCAGGCAACCAGUUUCGAUGAGAUGCUGGCGUUAUCAGAGAAAGGGGACAACUCGACCGUGGACAUGCUCGUAGGAGAUAUUUAUGGGCAAGACUAUAGUCGUCUAGGCUUGAAGUCGACGAUGAUCGCGAGUUCCUUCGGGAAGGUAUUCAAGAAGAGCGGCGAAAAGCGCAAGUUCUCGCCGGAAGACAUCAGCAAGAGUCUACUAUAUGCUGUAUCUAAUAAUAUCGGACAAAUCGCUUACAUGAACGCGGAAAAAUAUAAUUUGGAUAGGAUCUACUUUGGCGGUUGCUUCAUUCGAGGGCACGCGGCCACAAUCGGAACAUUAUCGUACGCUAUAAGGUUCUGGAGCAAGGGAACAAAGCGUGCGCUGUUUCUACGACACGAAGGCUUCCUUGGGGCUAUCGGAGCAUGGAUAAGAAAUAUCGAGCGGCAGGAUGAAGCCUGAAAUAGACAUCGGCCGGGCCUGUAUGGGAUAUCUGCUAUCUACUGCGGACUAUGGAGGAGAGCUUGUUAUUUAUUGGCACAUAUCUCACAACGUGUAUAGUAGGCACUAGGAUAAUAAACCAGCAUGCAACAGUUUC